UCUCCAAUGAGAACUGGGCGCUGUGCGCUUUGAAGCCGAAAUCCACCGUCCAAGUCGCCAAUCAAACAACCCGGUCAGACACACAGCGAGAGAAGGAGGAAAGAUCAUGCGUCUCGUGUGGAUUAACAGAGACGCGUUUGUGAUUUGGUCCUGAUCAAUGCACGAUCUUUUGCCACCGGACACCGGAAACGAGCGCCCGAUCGCGAUCUAUCACAAAACAACGAUCUAGAAGCUGAUAAUCGGCGAGCAGCACUAUUAUGACACAGGCGCUGGAGAGGCCGUGCACACGAGCCUGAUGAAGAGGUUGUGCAACUCGUAGUGCCUUCAAGCUCCUUCCUGUGUUCCUCCUGUGCGCUGCUACAGGAACAUGUCGGCAGCGCAGACUCAGAAUGACCGGGAGCAGCGCUGGGGCUGUCUGGAAUCGCUCGGCCUCAGCCAAAAGGAGCUGGUCCUUGCAGAGGCCUUGCAAAUGGAGUAUGACGCCCUUGCCCGUCAUCGACAGGACAAGGGCACAUCAAGUACGCUUCCUCCGGACAGCAGCAAAUCAUCGCCCUCACGGAGCGAGUCGUCUCUGCCUCGACGUGUUCCCAGUCCCUCUUGGAAUAAUUUACAGCAGCAGGGCGUUUCCGGAUCUGACCCCAUGCUGAACCACGUUCAACCCGGGGUGUCGAACCUAUCCCGAUCCAGCGGCGAAUCCCAUGGAUUCACAAAGGAGCCGAGGUAUAUCCUGGACGAAUGGGAAAGCGAUUUCAAAGGAACAUCGCAAAUGUUGUCGAAAGGUCUUCCAACUCUGGAUGAGCCUCCCCCACCGGUACCGCCCAGAAAUCCAAUCCCCCAAAAUGAUCCAUUCAUUGUCCAUAGAAGUUCAGCACCACGGGAUGUCAACUUAUUCACUCCUGAGGUAGACCAACCCAAGCUUUCCUUCGGAGAGACGCUGAACUAUGAUAACCUCAAUGACUCCUUGAGUAAGAUAAACGGGGAUUGGCUGUCGCCUGGUAGAAGUCGGAGAGCAAAUGGAGACAAAUCAGGGAAGGCAGUCGCUCGCAGUAAUACACUUCCUCCUCAGAUUCCUCCUCGCACAUAUCUUCCCACACCGAAGAGCACUAGAAGCCAGCGCAGAGUAUCUGUAGAUCCGGUGUCUCUGGGGUCCAGGCCAAAUGGCUUUGGUUAUGAGCUCUUUCAGGUGUCUGAAGAAAGAGAUGAAGAAGUUGCGGCCUUCUGUCAUGUACUUGAUUUGCUGCGUUCGGCUUACCCUUGCAACGACUACUCUAAAAAUUCAGGCUUUGUUUGGAGCCCUUGUGUGGCGCAAGAUGAACUGCAGCAGGGCCUGGGUGUCAGCAUAAAGGUCACCGUUUACAGUGACCACUUCAGAGAACCACUCACCUUUUCGUGCGACGGAUCCUCAACAAUCGACCUGCUGAUCUAUCAGACCCUCUGCUAUGCUCACGAUGACCUGGAUAUGAUUGACGUGGACGAUUAUCUGCUCAAAAUCUGCAGCCAGGCAGAGUUCCUUAAAAAUACUCAGACUCUGGCGAGCUUUGAGUACAUCCAGCAGUGUCUGAAGUUCGACUGGGACAUUCGCCUCAUUCUCACCAAAAGGAGUUCUGUCAACAUGGAGCUCGCCCGAACGACUGAGGAUGAUGAUACUCCAUCCACCAUGAACCACAGUAUUCUACUGCAAGAGAGGCCAAUCAAACAGACUGUGACCAAGGAGGCACUGACACUUCUCCUAGACACUUUUCACAACGAGGCAGAGUCUUUUCUUUUAUCAGAGGUGGAGUUGCCAUUGCACGUGGAGCGUUUAGUGCAGUCUGUGAAGGCCUUGUGUACUUCACUAGCAGCUGUUGAAACACCUGACAUCACUGCUGCCCUCAACCAGCUGCCAGCAUGUCCCUGUAGACUACAGCCUAAAGUGCAGAAGGAUGUCAGUGUCUUGGCCAAGAAAGAAAACAGAGUGGCAAUUGUCGAGAAGUUGACUGCAGCCAUUUUGGAUCUUGUGGAGCUGUACUGUAGUACCUUCAACGCUAAUUUCCACACCAUGCCACACAGCAGCAGAUCCACAGCCCCAAUUCAGGAAGCUGGCAUGGUCACCAAUGUGCUUUCCUUCAGUGUUUACGCCGCUCAUCGGGUCCCCAUCACGUGGGCUGCCAGCUAUGAAAAUUUCUUCCUGUCCUGUUCUCUCACCCAUGGCGGCGUGGAGCUUUGUGCCCCUCAACACACCAGUAAACAGUCGGUCAGCAAAUAUCUCUUCCACCUGGUGGUGUGGGACCAGAGAGUUUGCUUCCCUGUUCAGAUCAACCAGUUGCCGAGGGAGUCACAGCUGACAGUUACGUUGUAUGCCACCCCUUUACCACCCCCUGGAGGAGCGGAGGAGAAGAGCAAGCAGAAACGCAGCAUUGAAUCUUUGGGUUGGGUCACCAUGCCUUUAUUCAACUUUAGACAUGUUCUGACCUGUGGGAGGAAGCUGCUGGGUCUCUGGCCUUCAACUCCAGGCAGUGGAAAUGCUCGCUCCAGUACACCAAACUUCAGCCAGCCUGACAGCGUCAUCCUACAGGUGGACUUUCCUACCUCUUCUUUUGAAGUGCGCUUCAGCACCCCUGCUCCUGCUGAGUUCAGUCCCCAGUAUGAGUUCUCCCACCUGGACCAGGUUAGCCAGAGACAGCUGCAUGACGUCCUGCACAAGAAGUCCCUUUUCUGGUUGAGUCCAGAGGACCGGCGUCUGCUGUGGGAGAAGCGUUAUUUCUGCCAUGUGGAAGCCAGUCGUCUGCCGCUGGUUCUAGCCAGUGCGCCCAGCUGGGAGUGGGCAUGUUUGCCUGACAUCUAUGCCCUGCUCCGCCAGUGGGGAUGCAUGAACCACCUGGACGCACUCGGCCUGCUCAAUGCCACGUUUCCAGAUCAGGAGUGCAGGCGGACGGCAGUUCAGUGGAUGGACUCAAUCUCUGACCCAGAACUUCUGGACUUUCUUCCUCAGCUGGUGCAGGCACUGAAGUAUGAAUGUUAUCUGGACAGUCACCUGGUGCGUUUUUUGCUGAGAAGAGCCAUCGGUGAUGUGCGCAUUGCUCACUACCUCUUCUGGUUGCUGAAAGACACUCUCCAGGACUCUCAGUUCAGCGUGAGGUAUCAGUAUCUGCUGGCGGCUCUGCUCUGCUGCUCCGGUCGUGGUUUAAGGGAAGAGUUUGAUCGUCAGUGCUGGCUGGUCAAUGUGCUGGCCAAAGUGGCUCAGCGGGUCAGAGAAGCGUCACCCUCAUCCAGACAGGCUAUUCUCCGCGAAGGGCUUGAUGACGUAAAGCAGUUCUUCUCGAUAAACAGCAGUUGUCGACUUCCGCUGAACCCAGGCCUGCUCGUCAAGGGCAUCAACAUACAGUCGUGCUCCUACUUCAACUCUAAUGCAGUGCCCCUCAAGCUGUCCUUCCAGAACCAGGAUCAUCUAGGAGACAACAUUAAUGUCAUCUUUAAGGCUGGAGACGACCUGCGACAGGACAUGCUGACGUUGCAGAUCAUUCGCAUCAUGAAUAAGAUCUGGGUUCAGGAAGGACUUGACAUGAGGAUGGUCAUCUUUCGCUGCUUCUCAACCGGACGGGGCAGAGGCAUGGUAGAGAUGAUUCCCAGUGCAGAAACCCUGAGGAAGAUCCAGGUUGAGCAUGGAGUAACAGGUUCUUUUAAGGACCGGCCUUUGGCAGACUGGCUGCAGAAACACAACCCUACUGAGGAGGAGUAUGAAAAGGCGGUGGAGAACUUCAUCUAUUCGUGCGCUGGUUGUUGUGUGGCCACAUACAUUCUGGGCAUCUGUGACCGGCACAAUGACAACAUCAUGCUGAAGACCAGCGGACACAUGUUCCACAUUGACUUUGGCAAGUUCCUGGGGCACGCACAGAUGUUUGGCAACAUUAAACGCGACCGGGCUCCUUUUGUGUUUACAUCUGACAUGGCGUAUGUCAUCAAUGGAGGUGACAAGCCAUCCAGUCGUUUUCAUGAUUUUGUAGAUUUGUGUUGUGAGGCCUACAAUCGCAUCAGGAAACACGCACAUCUGUUUCUCAACCUGCUCGGUCUGAUGCUGUCCAGUGGAAUACCAGAGCUGUCUGAUGUGGAUGAUCUGAAGUAUGUCUAUGAUGCACUGAGGCCACAUGAAUCAGAAGCUGAUGCCACUAUGCACUUCACCAGGCUAAUUGAGUCCAGUCUUGGCAGUGUGGCUACUAAGCUCAACUUCUUCAUCCAUAAUCUUGCCCAAAUGAAAUUUGCGUCCUCUGAAGAGCGUCCUGUUCUGUCAUUUGCACCACGCGUCUACACAAUGAAGACUGACGGUGUGAUUCGCAGCCUGUUUGUUUGCAGGCACAUCAAAACCUAUUCUCCAAGCAAAGGCUACUCUUAUGUUGUAAAAGUGGAGCGGGAAGGUCAGCAGGGCUCACCAACAUUGGUCCAGAGGACAUUUGAGGAGUUUAAUGAACUUCAUAGUAAACUGCAGCUCAUCUUCCCUUCCUCAAAACUACCAAGCUUCCCCAGCCGCUUUGUGAUUGGUCGCUCUCGAGGGGAGGCCCUGGCAGACAGGAGGAAAGAUGAGCUAAAUGGAUAUGUUUGGCAUUUGAUACAUGCUGCUCAAGAGGUGGCACAGUGUGACCUGAUCUACACCUUCUUUCACCCCCUACCAAGAGACGAGCGGGCAGGAAGUGUGGGAAAUGUUGUCAAUACACUACAUAAACCAACAGAUGUGUCCUGGGCUCCUGUGCCUGGUGCAAUGGCAGGUGAAGUGAAACUGUCGGUUCUCUACAAGAGUGACAAGCUUUUCAUUAUGGUCAUGCACAUUAGAGGCUUGCAACCUUUGCAGGAUGGAACAGAUCCUGAUCCAUAUGUCAAACUGUACCUCCUACCAGACCCUCAGAAAACCAGCAAAAGGAAGACAAAAGCAGCCAGACGAACAUGCAACCCCACUUACAAUGAGAUGUUGGUGUAUGAUAAAAUACCACGUGGCGAUUUACAGCAGAGAACCGUUCACCUGCGGGUACUGAGUGAGGGUGCAUUCUGGGAGAACACGCUUCUGGGUGAAACCAUCAUUCAUUUGAAAGACCUGACCCCUGGCCAUCGUUGGGUGGACUGGCAUCAGCUUGGCACCAGAGGCUCCGACACAAACCGCUAGCAUUUGCUGAUUCCCAGCGGAAGUGAAGGAUUUCACCGUUGUCUUUCACUGUGCAUGUGUUUGUGUCUGUCUUUGCUUAUGGGUAGGGAGUUGGAGAUGCCCAGCUGCUUAGAAGGCUGUUUCCCCCAGUGGGGGUUUGUGUUUGUUGAAUCUCCUUCCCAGGAGACGUGUAGAUUUGGUGAUGAAGGGUCAUCACUUGAUAACUUUUCUGGUGGGGUACCGUGCACCAUGUGAGCCAGACCUUGAAUUAAAGAAAGCGGUUCUUGGUAACACUAUGGGACAAAAACCAUUUGGUGGCACAAGGAUUGGCAGAAAAAAACUAUUUAAGAACUUCCAUAUGCCAUAUUUUUUGGGGGGAGGUUCUGCAAAAUUCCUGUCCAUGAAACCUUAAAGCCCCAUUUUUGUUAUCUUGAGACUGUUCAUGGAAAUUUAAGUUAUUUUCUUUUUAAGAUGUUUCCCUAUUGCGGCUCAAUUUUGAGCUAUGUUGUGUCUUGUGACAUUAGUUAUGUCUCUUUGUAUCAGAUUUUGCAGAGAUUUACAUAGAAAUUAAUAGUGAGGGCCGCUUUUUGUACUGUAAAGUUGGGUAAUUUCACAUGUACUUGAUCUUGAAAAGGGAUGAACACUUGAUCAUUUGAUUCAGCAGUGGAAAUGACACAAACAGAACUGAAUGUAGAUUUUUUUUGAUCAUGUAAAAAUAGGUGGGUGCAUCAAAAACUAAAUUAUGAUUUGCAUGUGCUGUAUAUUGAACAACAGAGAAAAAAACAGAGGAGUUUCAUAAACCUCCUUCGUUCUUAAAUGAUGGCACACUACUUUGUAUGCAAAAAAGGCUUUUGAAGGAACUUGAUUUCAGGGUCAGUGCUUUUAUGCCUUGUUAAUAUGUAAGCAUAACCUACAAGGACAUUUCUAUUUGAAAAUAGUUGAUUUGCAUGCUGUGAAAUUUGCUACUGGGAUAAAUAUUGCAUUUUUUGCAUUUGUUUGUCAAUUACAUUGACCUCACAUCUUUCCAAGUUUUAUUGGUUAAUUUAUUUGUAUUUUGUUUUUCAAAGGGAGAGUGAAAUUAAAGCUUUAGGCUGUAGUUUUGUAAGUAUUUCCAUUCUUCCUUUUUAUGUAAAACUGCAUGUAAAUGAAAUGCUGAAUAUGCCACAGUAGCUCCCUCCCCCUCUUGGAAAUUUAUGCUUAUAGAUUUUGCAUUGCAGUUUGCUUUACUUUGCACUUAGCUCACCUCAUAGGCUUGAAGAAAAAAGGAACUAAUUGGAAAUAUUCUUAAAUUCAUAUUUGAUCAGACGGUCAUAAAAUUUGCCCAUUUAAAUGAGGAAUGAUAUUGUUUAUUGUGUAAAAAUUAAAACAAAUUCAAUUCGGAUUUCGGAAUAAACGGAAUUCAAAGGCUUUAUUAGAAAUGUAUCACAACAGUACCUUUUCAUUCUUGAUUAUUAUCAUGAAUUAAUAUCUUAAAAUGAAGGAUCUUCAAGUCCAAAGUGCAACCCUGUUUGUCGAAGUGCUCUAACAAUCCAGUAGCCUUAAGCAAACUUAGGUAAGAUUAUCCAGGUCAGAGUAGUCCCUGUUCCGUAGCUUUUUCUAACCAGAAAAACCAGCUCCAUUUCCAAUAUAAAGGACAUUUUUCUAAAGGAUUGAAGUUUCUUUCAAAUGACGAAUGGUUAUUUUCCUCCCAAAUGGCACAACUGUUUGAAGUUAACCCUUAAGGGAAAUGAUUGUAUAUGAUUUCCAUGCCAACCCAUAAUGAAAAACUGAACAUUUAUUAAAAAAGCUAUCUUUUUUGUUGUGAAUGUGAAGAGUUUGGAUUUAAAGGUAUAGAACUUUUAUAACAUCUGUGAUGCUUAUUUUAAUAACUAAAGAGAAUGCGAGUAAGAUCAGUAGGGUUGGCAUACUGUAAAUGCUGAGAAAAUGAAUUUGAUGUGAUGUAUGGAUUGUAAAUGGGCUUUAUCCCAUUGUAUUCCUUUCUAGACUGUUCCUUCUAAUUUCAGAUCAUGUUUUUAAUGUUUAUUUGCACUUAAUAAAUGCACAGAGAAACUGGC